AUGUCAAACUGCGGCAAAUCGCAUUGGUCAUUACAACUGGGACGAAACCGCGAUUUUCACAUUGUCUCUGUGGAUGAAGAGAUCGAGCGCGCAAUCAAGCCGGAACUGACAGCAUUAGGCCACUCUGGGAUUGAGGGUCUGGCGGAAUGGAUGGGAUUCCCUUCGGAUAACCGCUUCGAAGCCAACCAAGCCCGCUACCUUGGAUACGAAGAAAGCAUUACGUCUGCGGCAAGUCCUGUGACUGGGAGGAACACGGUCCUUGACACGACGGGGAGCGUCAUCUAUUUGAGCGAAGCAACCUUGGACCGCAUUCGAAACGAUUACCUUAUCGUACACCUUGAGGCUAGUGAUGACAUGCUGGAAGUCAUGACCAACAGCUACUUCGAAACGCCAAAGCCAGUGGUAUGGGGUGACGCUUACAGACCGGUUGGGGGUGAAACCCCAAACGAGUCGCUGCGGAGGUGCUAUCCGAAUUUGCUUAGAGAGAGACGGAAGAAGUACGCUUCUAUCAGUGAUGUGACUAUUCCUGCUUCAGUUUCUUUGUCGCGCGACCUGGGGCUGGACAAAUUUCUAGAGCUAGUCAAGAGUAAAAUCGCUUGACGGAAUCUGGACGUUGCACUGCACAUCAAUUCUGCUCCUUUGUGAAGACAUAAAAACCGUCCAUCAAGGAGCGAUGUGGAUGCUGAUCGCCCUUCUCAUAUCUUGGCGUUUCGGGUAAAGUUUUGCAAAGAGACUUUCACGCCCCAUCCAACUGUAAGCACUCUUCAUCUACAUGAAAAUCGUUUCCGCACAUGUGCGACCGUGGGUCGGUGAAAGACUUGUUUCGGUUGGGAAAAUCGUUUUGAACAUGAUGGACAAAAGGAAGUCUAACGUUGAGUGCCCGGACGAAAGUAUAGUUCAGGACGGACGUCUUAAAUUUGAAGCUAGAACUCAGAAAGUAAACUGAAAGAGGGAAAAGAAA